AUGGCUUGCCACAGCGCUCGCAAUGUCGUCGUCAUUGGCAGGAGCGGCUACGAUGAUCCCAGGUCUCAAGCCGUGCUGAAAGAUCUUGCCGCCGAAGGCUGCCACGUAGAUCUGGUACGCGGCGACGUAGCCAAGGUCGAAGACCCUGUUGGAGGUAUGGUUCAGGACGCCAUGGUGCUUCGCGAUAAGCCCUUCGAGACCAUGACACUCAAGGAGUACCACGGGGCGAUUAUUUCCAAACUCGAGUUCUUCACGAUGCUGUCCUCCAUCUCAGGUCUCACUGGACAGCCUGCACAAGCCAACUACGCAGCCGCCAACGUCUUCCUGGACAACUUCGCGUACUACAUGCGUGGCCUGGGCCUGAAAGGUGAUAUCGUCGACCUCGGCCUUAUUGAAGAUGUCGGAUACAUGGCCGAGCAUUUCAAUCUGAUCACGGCGCUAGACACUUCAGCCUGGACGCCUAUUAACGAAUCCAUCUGCCACAAGAUCGUGCAGUUCAGCAUCAUGCAGCAAGAAGACACUCCAAUCAACCAAUCCUCCUACCGCAAAAUUCAGGCGCUAUUAAAGACGAUCAAGACUGGUGCUGAUGUGCAUGUCGCGCUGACGCUGGCUUUCGACGUCGCGAACAAGCAGUUCAUGACGACGCUGUGCGUCGAUGAGCCUCUUGAACCCGCAAGGCCACUGUCCGCAUACGGGCUGGAUUCGCUUGCUGUUGUUGAGUUCAGGAACUGGUUUCGUGUUCAGCUUGAGGCUGAUUUGACGACAUUGCAAGUCACGAGUGCGCCGAGCUUGUUGAGUUUGGCGGAGAAGAUUGUUGUGAAAAUUCAGGCGGCUAAUGUGGCGAAGUAG